AUGGAGAACACAGACUACAGUCAAAACAUCACAGUUCAAUACUGCUUUCCUGACAACAACUCUUCUUGCAGAAAGGAGCUCCACACUCCCACCAACCUGCUCAUCCUCUCUCUGGCUGUGGCGGAUCUUCUCGUGGGACUGAUUGUUAUGCCUGUGAAUAUCAUGAAAUUAAUAGAUUCCUGUUGGUAUCUUGGAAAAAUGGCAUGCACUGUUUCUAUAAUGGUCAAUUUUAUCUCAAUGUCAGGCUCUCUAUGUAGCCUGGUGCUUGUUGCAGUUGAUCGGUACAUUGCUGUCACUGACCCUCUGCUUUACUACAGUAGAGUCACAACUGUUAAAACUGUGUUGUUGAUAAUACUGAGCUGGUCUAUUUAUCUAUUGUAUAUUUUCAUCUAUAUGUAUUGUAAUGACCAUCUCCUUCCAUCGCAAAUAUUCACCACAUGCUACGGAGAGUGUGUGAUCUAUGUUAAACAUUCCUGGGUGAUUGCUGACAUUGCAGUCUGUUUUCUAAUCCCUUGCUCUGUCAUACUGCUUUUGUAUUCACUCAUUUUUAAUGUGGCAAGACGUCAAGCUAGAGCUGUUAGAGCUGUGACAAACGUUGCCUCAAACAAACCAACCAAGGUUUCAAAUGUUUCUGAAACUAAAGCAGCAAAGACAUUAGGCAUUGUAAUAUUUGUUUAUCUUGCUUGCUGGAUACCUUACUUUUUAAGUUCUCUGUCAGUUGAAAAUUUGACAACUUCUUCAAUGGUGUGGACUGUUUUUACCUGGCUAGUAUAUAUGAACUCCUCUGUAAAUCCACUAAUAUAUGCCAUUUUUCAUCCAUGGUUCAGAGCAUCAUCUAAGUACAUUGUCACUUGUAAAAUAUUUUGGGACUCAUCUUCAAGGUUUAAUUUGUUUUCAGAGCAUUUUUAG